CUCGCGCAUCGAGUUUAACACCACCGACCAUCAGCUCCACACAUAAGAUGUACCACCUCUUCAAAUCGAUAUACCUGCAUGCAACAAGUAAAGAAGAGUACUCCGUCCUCCUCCUCGGCCUCGACAACGCCGGCAAGACAACCCUACUCGAGCAAAUAAAAGCUUCUUACACACCCUCCCACCCAAACCUAAAGACCGUCCCCACCGUCGGUCAAAACGUCGCGACACUCGCGCUCCCACCGCCAAACCCACCCAUCUACCUCAAGAUAUGGGACGUCGGCGGUCAACAUAGCCUGCGCGGCCUCUGGCAGAGCUACUACAGCAGCUGCCACGCCAUCGUCUUCGUCAUAGAUAGCAGCGACGUCGGGAACGCCACGCUCACGGAGAUGUCGACAGACAUAGCGCACGACGACAUCGGACGCCUGGACGAGUGCCGGCUCGUACUGGAGAGCGUGCUGGAGAACCAGGAUACGAGUGGCGUGCCGAUACUUGUGCUGGCCAAUAAGCAGGAUAGAGAAGAUUGUGUGGAGGUGGUGCGGAUCAAGGAGGGGUUUGUGAGGAGGGUGUUUGAGGGCGAUAAGGGUGGGAAUGUGAGGGAUAGUAGGGUGUUGCCGUGCAGUGCACUGACGGGGACGGGAGUGCAGGAAGCGGUUGAGUGGUUGUGCAGUAGGAUGGCGUUCAAUAAGGAGUCUAGACCGCCGGUUAUGCGAUAGCCAGAUGGGUGGAAGCUGGAUUCGUGAGAUGAGGUGAAGAUACCCUACGUUAUGACACGUAUAACGUUCGCGAUGGCUUGAAGGUGCGGCGUUGACUUUGGAACAUAAGAUCGGGUACGUGAUACGAUGAGUUCAGCCAAUGCUUCGGGUCGCCUUGCAUGAACAAUUGUUAUUAUUUCUAUACUCUAGCAACACUCGAGUCUCUCAUAUAGAACACAAGACUUUGAUAUC